CUUCGCCUCUUCUCCUUCUUGUGUAGUGUUGUGCAAAAAAUGACUGACAACGUGCCCGUCGCCGAGCUAGAAAAACUGGAAUUAAACCAGCAAAAGGCAUGAGCUAGUAUUCUUUCUAAGUAAAAUUCACUAAACGAACUAUUGUGCUAAAGAAUGCGCCUGGGGGCGCUGGUGGCCGGGCUCAAUCGGACGAUUAUUUGCCGUUUUAAUCUGUGCGGUAGUAGCUUGCUAGUGCAACAACAAUACCAACAACAGCAACAACAAUUCCUUCAACAUUGGCAGCGGCUUCCGACUGAGUUUCCGCGGUGCCAAUUUGCUACACUGGCAAGCAAGAUGAAGAAAGAAAAGCAGAAAAACCAACAGGAAAAGGGAAGUGGAGCUUCGUCUGCACCGGCAGCCGAGAAACCCGCACCCGAGUUCAUCGAUCAUCGUAUCAAAAUCUACGAUGAGCUGAAAGCGCAGUACUUGGAAGAGCUGGCCAAGAAGCCAAAGAACCCAAUCAAGGUUACGCUACCGGACGGCAAGGAAGUGGACGCUACCAGCUGGGAAUCUACUCCGUAUGAUGUGGCCAAGGGCAUCAGUCAGGGGCUUGCCGACAAUACCGUCAUUGCUCGUGUCAAUAACGAACUGUGGGAUUUGGAUCGUCCCUUGGAAGGGGACUGCAAACUGCAGCUGCUGAAGUUUGACGAUCCCGAUGCGCAGGCCGUGUUUUGGCACAGUUCGGCGCAUAUUCUUGGCGAGGCGAUGGAGAAGCGGUACGGCGGUCACCUUUGCUAUGGACCACCAAUCGAGAAUGGCUUCUACUACGAUAUGUUCUUGGAAGGAAGUGGAAUCUCCAACCAGGACUAUGGUGCGCUGGAGAGUGAGGUCAAGAAGAUUGUCAAGGACAAACAACCAUUCGAACGGUUGGAAAUGAAAAAGUCCGAUCUGUUGAAAAUGUUCGAGUACAAUGAAUUCAAGUUGCGUAUUCUGAACGAGAAGGUUACAACAGAUACCACAACCGUCUAUCGUUGUGGUCCACUGAUCGAUCUGUGCCGUGGACCUCACGUGCGCCACACUGGCAAGGUGAAGGCUUUGAAGGUGGUCAAGAACUCUUCUACCUACUGGGAAGGUAAGGCCGAUGCCGAAACUUUGCAACGAAUUUACGGAAUUUCCUUCCCCGAACCUAAACAACUGAAAGAGUGGGAGAAGAUUCAGGAAGAGGCUGCCAAGCGCGAUCACCGAAAGCUGGGCAAGGAACAGGAACUGUUCUUCUUCCACGAAUUGUCGCCUGGUUCGUGUUUCUUCCAACCCAAGGGAGCGCAUAUCUAUAACACGUUGAUGAACUUCAUUCGGGAUGAAUAUCGGAAGCGUGGUUUCCAGGAGGUGAUUACUCCAAACAUCUACAAUGCCAAACUGUGGCAAACAUCCGGCCAUUGGCAGCAUUAUGCCGAAAACAUGUUCUCCUUUGAAAGCGAAAAGGAAACCUUUGCUCUGAAGCCCAUGAAUUGCCCGGGACAUUGUUUAAUGUUCGAUCACCGUAAUCGUUCGUGGCGUGAGUUGCCUCUUCGUAUGGCCGACUUUGGCGUGUUGCAUCGUAAUGAAUUAUCCGGAGCAUUGACCGGAUUGACUCGUGUGCGUCGAUUCCAGCAAGAUGAUGCUCACAUCUUCUGUAUGCCGGACCAAAUCAAGCAGGAAAUCAUCGGAUGUCUUGACUUUUUGGCCCACGUUUAUGGUGUGUUUGGAUUUACCUUCAACCUUGUUUUAUCUACUCGCCCAGAGAAGUAUCUCGGAGACAUCGAAGUGUGGAACGAAGCCGAAAAGGCCCUUGCUGAGUCUCUGGACAAGUUCGGACAGCCAUGGAAAGAGAACCCUGGAGAUGGUGCUUUCUACGGACCCAAGAUCGAUAUCACAAUCAUGGAUGCCCUGAAGCGUAAUCACCAGUGCGCUACCAUUCAGUUGGAUUUCCAAUUGCCUAUUCGUUUCAAUCUGAACUACAUUGAUGACAGCGGAGAAAAGAAGCGACCGGUUAUCAUUCAUCGUGCUGUGCUGGGAUCAGUUGAACGCAUGAUCGCCAUCUUGACUGAGAGUUAUGCGGGAAAAUGGCCAUUCUGGUUGUCCCCUAGGCAGGUGAUGGUCGUUCCUGUUGGGCCACAGUAUGAUGACUACGCCGACAAGGUUCGUCAACGCUUGCACGAAGCUGGUUUCAUGGCUGAAGCCGAUCUGGAUGCUGGCGAUACCAUGAACAAGAAGAUCCGUAACGCACAGCUGGCGCAGUUUAACUUUAUUCUUGUUGUUGGCGAGAAGGAACGUAGCUCGGAGACGGUCAACGUGCGUACCCGCGACAAUAAGGUCCACGGUGAGGUGUCGGUUGACGAUCUUGUGGCAAAACUGCGCAGGCUAGCGGAUGAGUUUGCUCGAGGUGAAGAUCAGUUCUAGGAUUCCGGUACCUACUAAAUGCUCUGUGCCAAGCGAGACAGAGUUGUCCGGUGCAUUUAGGACUCCCGAUACAUUUGGAGAAUUGAUUUAAGCUCUUGAAAUACUAUCCAAUAUUAAUAAUUUAUAUAAUUUCACAGUUGCUUGAAGCAAGUUACGUUUUCCUCUACAAUAAAGCAUUCAGGAAAUAAA